AUGCCAACGGGCACAAACAAAUUGAAACAUGAACCGGGAGUUGGGUGGUCCAUGCUUCAGCUUCUUCAUCCCCAACCAGCAAUGGUGCCGGUGAUGCUCCUUUGGCCAGUGUUCUCUAGCGCUUCAAUCAACGCAAAUUGGAGCAUGAACCGAGAGGUGUGCAACUUGUUCACCAAACAGCAAUGGUGCAAGAGGCUGCUUCUCCAAGGUGGCAGUUUGCUGCUCCAACAUGGCAGUUUGCUGCCAAUAAGGAUCCGACAGUUAUCGUGCACGCGUAUGACCUGUGUGGUCAUCGCCAUCGCGACAGCCUCAUCGGCGCCAUGGCUCGUGAUACAGAGUUGGACGCGCGGUCCUUCAGGUUGCACGCCAGCGCGUUGCUCACAACCGGUGAGGGCCGAGCAAGCGAAGGCAGCCUCGGCGUACCUCUUCGAAGAGUCCAGACGAUGCCAUUCGGGCCACUGUAGGACAAAAGAGACGCUUGCGCAGAGUUCACUUCUGGUUGUUUUGGUGCGAGGUUUCCCUUGCUUGGGUGGAAGCGGAUGGCUUGGUCCCGUCGUCGUCCUCCCAUCGUCCCUUCGGCUCCUGUUGAAAGGCGUCGUUUGGUUAGGCGGCAUUUUUUUCAACCAAAUUUGUGAAUAA